AUGGCCCAAGCUGUCGUGCAAAAUUCAUGCAGGAAACUCAGAUCCGCCAUUGUAGACGAGGCAAUAAUGCGCCUGAACUUCACCGGCGAUCUGGGGGAAAUGCUGAAGCAGCUGGUGGCCAUCGAUGUGAUGAUACCAAACGUCGAGGACCGGGCGGAGGUUAUUGACCCGGACGGAGAGAUAAAUUGGCGAAAUUGGGAUGAAUGGCAAAAAUGGCCGCCCAAGGUCGAGGCCACUGCCUACAGGGUCUGCCAUAUGUUGGAAGAGUUGCAAGAGAUGGCAGUGCCAGCAGGAGAGAAGAUGGCAAAGAUGCUCAGCCGUCCUGAGGAUGCAGUCGUUGGACCCAACAAGGAGGAGGUAUUGGUCAAUAUGAAGGAGAUUAAACGAGAGCUCAUGAUGUUGCGCCAUGAAUUGCGCCAGGAGAAGUUGCAGGAGUCAGUUCAGUUCGAUGAUGCAGCGGAGGGAAGAGCAAUGCUCCAAGCACCAGCAGCUACUGGAAGGGAGGAAGACGUAGAAAAGAUACUUGCUCGGCUAUCUGCAUGCAACUCUGGUGAAGGCCCCAUCAUCCUUCCCAUCCUUGGGAAGCCCGGCGUCGGCAAGGCAACCGUGGCAACAAUGGUGUUUGACAACGUCCGCUUCAAGUGCUAUUCUCGGAUAUGGAUCAAUCACUCGGGUGAGCUUACAUGGCUACAAAAUAACAUAAUCUCUGAAUUAUCAUUAGCCGCAAAAGAAGAGAUGAACGGCCAUGGUUCAGAUUCAGAUGAUGAGAUGGUCUAUAUAACAAAGCGCCUUCACAAGCUACUCAAUGGCAAGAAGGUACUCAUUGUUUUACAUGAGCUAGAGCAAGGCAUGGACAGUACUCAGGUGAUAGUAAUAGCAACAGUAGGGGCAGAUACAGUGCCCACGGAAAACUUUGGAGUUCAACCAUACUGGGUACGUCCUCUGAGUGAGGAGAUGUGCUGCAAAAUUAUCAAGCAAGGCGCAGUUCGUUCUCAAACAAAUUCUGCACAAAAAGAAGAUUUGGAGCAGAUAACACCAAGGCUUGCAAAGCUCUGUGAGGGUCUGCCGCUGAUAGCUCAAUUAUUUGGCAGCGUGCUACAAUUCAAAGAAUAUGCAGAAUGGCCUGAGAUGCAGCAUUGGCGUGCCUUUGUAACCGGCCCAUUGCAUCAAAGCUACAGAAGUAUGCCACCGAAUAUGAGGUUAUGCAUUGCUUAUUGUGUCUUUGUCUUGGACACAGAGCGCGCAAUACUCAAAGAGGAUCUGAUUCACCAAUGGAUUGCUCUCGAUCUCAUUGAGCCGUCCGAGGUGUUCUCUGCAUCACAGCUUGCUGAACAAUAUCUCAGGAGGCUGUUGGACAUGUCACUCCUUCAAACUACAAGGUCAUCUCGGUCCUCACGGCCUGGAGGUUUGAGGCAUGUGGCUGCUGGCGGCUCCGCCUCGCCGGAAUGCCCUCAAGGCGUUGCUGCAAGCAGGGGCGCCGGUGGCUAUGGGUUGCAACUUGCAACGAUGAAGAAGUGCUCGCACCUUCUUUUACGCACAGAUCGGUUUUCAGUGGAAACAACGGUGCAAGUCGAUGACCGCGGCCAGCUGGAGGCGGUUUAUGCUGGGCUGCUGCAAUCAUGGCGCCCGCGCCGGAUCCAAUCGGUGUUAGAGCUGCAUCCAUGGUGGUCGCUCCCUUCGAUUACUGGUGGCCAUGAUGCAAUCCCGGUGGCCAUGGGCGGGACCUCGCCGGAGCUCGUCGGGUACGGUGCUGUGCCAAUGGGGGAGCGUGUGGAUUUGCCUUCUCGCGAGCAGGAGCAUGUGGAUUUCCCUUCUCGCGAGCGGUGCGAGGGAAGAAGACACAGGUGGAGGGGCAAAUCCAACGGGGGCACACAAAUAGAUCGGGUGGUUGUGCGCUGA